AUGUUGCAGUGCCAAACUUUCCUUAUUUGUGCUCUUAAAUAUUUGUCUGCAUCAUAUUUUGGAUGGUCACCUAUACGCCUUCUUGUGACUACUUGCAUUUCUGCCAGGAUAAGAACAAUUGAUGCGGUUAUUAUUACUCAUUCUCAUGCUGAUGCAAUUGGAGGUCUGGAUGAUCUUCGUGAUUGGACAAAUAACGUCCAGCGCCAUGUUCCUAUUUACACAGCGGAGCGUGAUUUUGAGGUGAUGAAGAAAACUCACUAUUAUUUAGUAGAUACAAGUAGUAUCAUAACUGGCGCUGCAGUUUCAGAGUUGCAAUUUAACAUCAUACAUGAGAAACCAUUCAUCGUACAUGACCUCCAGUUUACGCCUUUACCUGUGUGGCAUGGCAGAAAUUAUCGUUCCUUGGGCUUUCGAUUUGGCAAGAUUUGUUACAUUAGUGAUGUUAGUGAAAUACCUGAAGAGACGUACCCACUUCUCGAGGAUUGUGAGCUCCUUAUCAUGGAUGCUCUGAGGCCAGAUCGUUCUUCUUCAACACAUUUUGGACUUCCGAAAGCUUUGGAGGAAGUUCGAAAAAUCCAACCAAAAAGAACACUUUUUACGGGUAUGAUGCAUCUGAUGGAUCAUGAUAAGGUAAAUGAAGGUCUCAUCAAAUUGAAGGAGAUGGAAGGUCUCGACGUACAACUUAGCUUUGAUGGACUCCGCAUGCCAAUAACUUUAUAG